AUGCCAAACAGGGCCUGCGAAGUGACUGAGCAACCUGCCAACGAACCUGAACCUGAAGGGCGACAGGAGUGGGCAGAGUCCAAUGCAGAGUCCAAUGAGGUGACACCGGAUGAGGAUGUCUAUGCAUCCCUGCAGAAGAACAGCCAGGUCGAUGAUUCUGCUGUUUGCAAAGACGAGGAGAAGUCGGAACCCCAAGAUGAGGUGGAAGAAACAACAAGUCUUGUGGAGGUUGCACCAAAGCCUGAGCCCAACUCAAGGUUGGGAUCUUUCUUUGCAGGUUCCUGGCGACUUUGGAGUCUACCUUGGGAUCUGCGUCUCAAGGCGGGAUUGGCAUCCCAACCUAUGCGGGGAUUGUGGGGCACAAAGAUGGCCUCCAGCCUUCAUCACUUCUUUGAGAGCUUCCUCCUCAUCACAUGGCUGCUGUCCCUGUCAGCAUCUCUUGCAUGCUGUCUAAAGCUUGGAUCCCUACACAUGUAUGGUGAUCAUAGCCAACUGCAAAUUGCUGCUGCCAUAGCUUGCUGCUUCAUUUUAGCGACUUGGGCAGUUGCAGAGGCAUGCAAUCAACUUGGUCCACAUGCAGGUGACAUGCAAGGCUAUGAACUUACGAGCACAGCAGACGUGGAUCCUGUCAUUGUUGGUCGAAAAGUAGCUGAUGAUGCAGGACCAGACCCUGAGGUCUGCCAAAAUGUGGAUGAUACUGUGGAGAAAGAGGAAGCUAAAGAGGGGAUGCGCCGUACCUCUGUAGCUGUCCAGGCCUGGCUGAAAGAACAUGUUUCAGCUUGGAGGGCAGGUGCUGAGCUUUGUGCCAUUCUUGCGUUUCUCUACCUCUGUGACCGUACGGCUGUUCUUCCUGAGGGUCCAAAGACUCGUGAUCCCAAGUACUUCUGGGGCCUUUGGGCCGUGAUCGUCAUCGUCGCUUGCUUCACCAUCAGGAAGACUGAGGAGUCCAACCCACUAUCUCGAGAGCAGACCGACGAGUGGAAAGGAUGGAUGCAAAUCAUGUUUCUAAUGUACCACUACUUUGAGGAGAAGGAAGUUUACAACGCAAUCCGUGUGUAUAUCGCAGCCUAUGUUUGGAUGACAGGAUACGGCAAUUUCUUUUUGUACCGAAAGGGUAAAAGCUUUACAGCGCGACGAACAGCCCAGAUGUUAUUUCGACUGAACUUUCUGGGCCUUGUGGUGUGUGUUGUCCUUCGAAAUGAAUACAUGCUCUAUUACAUUUGUGCAAUGCACACUCUCUUCACGGUUUUCGUGCUGGUGGCAAUGUUUGUGUUGCAUACCAUGAACUCUUUGUACACCGUCCUUUGGGUGAAAAUACUCACAACAUUUGCAGUGACAGUGGUACUCUAUGAUGGACCUGACUACAUCUUUCGACUGGUCUUUGGAACGCUGCCAGUGGUGCGUCCUCUAUUUGCGUUUCACGAUCCACUCCACCCGGAAUUCAAAGAUGAAAUGCAUGAGUUUCACUUCAGAUCCGGACUUGAUCGAUAUAUUUGGAUCUUUGGCAUGAUUUGUGCGCUACACUACAAUCAUUUUGCUGCUCUCCUUCAGCUGAAUGUUUCUUGCGCAAGAAGACUAGCUAUCCAAGUUACCCUGGUCCUCAUCGCUCUUGCCUGUGGUGCCCUGUGGUGGAAGUAUGCUUUUCAACUGGACAAAUAUGCCUACAACAAGAUUCAUCCAUUCACGUCCUUCGUGCCCCUGUCCGCCUACUUGAUUUUGCGUAACUGCACUGAAGGAUUGCGGAAGCGCUAUCUGUACCUGUUUGCUUACAUGGGGAGGACCACACUGGAAACCUACAUUUUUCAGUUUCAUAUUUGGAUGCGAACAACCGGACUGAAUGGAUCGCCCAAGAAGCUCUUAGUAGUGGUUCCAGGUUCUUAUUGGCUGAACUUUGCCGUGUUAACGGCCAUCUACAUCUUCGUCUCCAUCAGAUUUUCGCAUUUGACUGGAGUGCUGCGAGAUGCGCUCAUCCCAUCCAGUUUGCGAGCCAUGCUGUGGAUUUCUGACAAGCAUUUCUCUUCGAGACCCAGCACUUCAGCAGAGCAUUCCAGCGAAGGUGAGCUACUUGUCAGCGACGAAGACAUUGACAGUCGGUUGAAUGAUCAACAAGCACCUGACAUUGUUGGCAUUGAAAGCUGGCAGGUGGUUGACUCUGGUGGCCUGGUUGUCGCCGAAGAUGAUGCGGUGGAUGCAAUUCACGUAGGCCGCGGUUCAGUGGAGGCAAAGAUGGAGCGAAUGCUGACCUGGAUGCUGGCUCCCGCUGUUCAUGGGAUUCCAAAACUGGGCGUGCUUCCAGCAGAAGAGCGGGCAGCUGAACUGUUGGCGCAGCAUGACCGAGAUGUGGAAGCUGCAGUUCGAGAAGUGGUUGCUGGCUCUGAAAGGUCAGUCUCCACUGUGGUCUUAAACUUCUGCUUGGAGCGAAUUCCAGUCCUUGGUUGCCCAACCGUCUUGCUGAAAACAACUUGGGGCAAUCUUCGCAGCAUCGUGAUCAUUGCAGCAAUGUAUGGUCACGACUUGGAAUCAGCCAGAGUACAACAUGAGGCGCUUCUUUGCCUUGUGCCUCCUGGUGAUGACAAGGAUUCCUGUGCUGCCGCACUGAAGCAGCAGAAUGCAUCGCCUGAUCUGAACCCUGCAGUCUUCGUGUCCACCACAGCGCAGCAGGUCGCUCAUUUUAUGAUCCGCGGAGCUUUGAGACGUGCUACGGGAUUGCAAGCAGCAGUCGAUUGCUUUGAGCUGGCCUCAUUGUUGUACAGCAGUUGUGGCACAGAUGCAUUGGAUGAGGACGGUUUUGUACACCUCACAGCCACACCAGCUUCGGCUGCCAGAGACUUUUUUCGUAAGAAGUCUUUCGCUUCUUGUGCCAUCUUGUGGUGCUCGUUGCCAUUCCUGGUGCUGGGCAUGGCUGCACCCAAUCUUUUUGCCAUGGCGAGGCUGGUACCCAUCAUGCUUGGGUGCCUUCGUGCGGUGGUUGGCAGGAUUCCCACGGCUUACCUGAAGUCUGCCCCUGCUGCCAUCCUCGUUCUGACCGGACCUGGUCUGGCUCUGUACUUCUUUCGCCCAAGCAUCCCAUGGAAAAGACCGGUCAGGAGCAAACAUUUUUUGCUGAGUAUCUUGGGGCACAAUGACACCGGGCAUUGGGAAAGGAUUCAAAAAAGAUUUGAGGAAGCAUGGCCGCAGCUGGUCACGACGUUUGUCUUUCUGCUGCAUGGUCUUCUUCCGGUUUUUUCCACUAUGUCCUCCUUAUCUGUCGUGCUCGGUGCACUUAGCCCAGCUGUUGAAUCCUACAGUUGGCACGGCUGGGACCUUCUGAAUCGGGUGGCUUGUGCAUCGCUUGGACUCUACAGCCUCUUCUCUGUCAUGGUCCAUCAACUCCAGCGGGAGUACCCUGAGGACGAGCUGCCAACAGCCAGCAUCGCAGUGAGGGCCUUGAUCCGGGGAGUCCUCGUGCUGCGAGCAGCUGCAAGGGCCUGUUGCUUUUUGGCGGCCUGGCUCUAUUUGCUGUUGAUCUUGGACUGCCUGAUCGAUUGCGUUUGGUGGCAAGAACAAGGGACGCCUCUAGGCAUCCUGGGCCCCUUGGGCUGGAUUCUAAGUGCAGAUUCGCAUCCAUUUGCCAACGAAAAAUCUGUGAUCUUCUGCAUGAAUCUGAUCUCUGUCAUCUCCCAGCAGCGGCUGGUAGAGCUCUUGGCCCGUCGAGAGGUCUUGUUGCGCUUGAUUGGCGCAGAACGAGUGAUGGCUUCCACCAUUUGUUUGCUCUUGAAAGGUGUGGCCGUGGCUUGUACACCGUCGAAAAGUGCCAAUCCCAUCGCUGAGUUCCUCGUCCAGGUGGCCCCUCCUCCAGCUUGCUGCGUGGCGAUUGUGGCACUGCGAGACCAUGCGAUGCCGCUGGGCGUCGCAGUGGUCGUGAUACCUUGGAUUACCGGUUUGCUCGGCAGUGCCAGUUGCCUUCUUGUUGGACUCCUAGGGGGUGCUUACGCUGCUCACGCGGUGCUAUCUGUCUGGUAUCUCUACAGAGCAGACUUGGAUUCUGCUGCACUUCGCUUGGCUAUGCUUGUGCCUGGGGGUGUGUCAAGUCAAGCCAAGGGAUUGCUCAGAGGUGUUCUGGCUGGGGCACACCGACGCGCAGUUCGGAUGAUGGCAAUGGGCAUUUUGCAGAGGGCCUUCCGCUGGCUCACUCAGCGCUGA